AUGGCUUCUAAUAACAUUCUCAAGCUUAUAUCCAUUCUCUCCCUUACUAUCUCAAUCCUUUUAUCCUUUCAUCCUCAAACAACCUUCCCAUUUGAGAUCGAAGACUUCGACGAAGAGGAAGAAUAUGUGCUCGAUCAUCCUCUCAUUGUUUCUAACAUUCGAUCAAGAAGCCGAUUCUUAACGACCUCGCCAAAGAAAGAUAAGAUCAGGAAAGGUGCACAUUGCGAACUAAACUCCUAUCAAGAUACAUGCAACGGCAUUUCCGUGAACAGCGGGACCGGCAUACUGUACUGCUGCAAGAUGCAUUGUCGAAAUGUUCUCCGUGAUCGGAAUAACUGCGGAGGAUGCGGGAACAGAUGCCAGUUCGGGCAACUCUGCUGUGGUGGAGUCUGUACGGGUGUUGUUUACAAUGUUGAUCACUGCGGCAAGUGUGACAAUCGAUGCUCGCCUGGAGUGAAAUGUGAGUUUGGAUAUUGCGGUUAUGCUUAA